UCAAUUCGCUGCCGAACAUCGUGGGGUGUGUUCCAUUCUGUGACGCUUGCUCCGUAACGAAAAAUCUCGUGAGAAACGCGUCGUUCGCCGUUCGAUAUUCGAAAUAUUUAUACUGAAAUAUAAAUGCCCAAUUAUUUAUGGUUUUUUGCAUCGAUAAUCGUAUACUAAAGAGGCGUGAAAAUAAAAUAAGUUUGUGCCUAAUUUAAAUACAAAUCAAAGUCUAGCAACGAAACCAAAAUGAGCCUAAAAUCAGUGGCAAUCCUGCUGCUGCUGGCGCUGUGUCUGAGUAAUGUCCUGGCUGCCGUGACCACCGUGCGUCCUUACAAGUUCGGCUUCACCAUCGACGAGCAGCAGCAUCGCGCGGAGCAGAGAGAUGAGCGCGGCAUUGUUAUGGGCGAGUUUGGGUUCAUCACCGCCGAUGGUAUUUAUCAUGUGACUGUCUACGCCACCGACGAAGAGGGAAAAUUUCACAUUGUGUCAAUGAAGAGUUAUCCCUACGCAGGACCCAUAGCACCCAAGACCGUAGCUGCCAGCACGACAACAAGAGCCCCUCCACCGCCAUCAGCUCCGGCAGCUUUGCCGAAGUACAACUUCAACACGGAGGCCUGUUCGGGCUGCUUCCUGAAGAAGUCUCCCGCUGCGGGCAGUCCCAAAACUGAGAUUCGUACGCUCUCAAAGCCGCUGCCAGAGCUGGCUACCGUACAGCAAGGUAAGCCAACGACCAAUCGGCUGGAAGCGGGCUCACAGGAUCAUGGAGUCAAUGUCCAGCUGCCCUUCCGACAGUCGAUUGCCCAGACCAUAGAGGUGGCAAGGCAACAGGGACUGGGACACAGUCCAGCAACCAAAACACAGCACAACACGAACACGAACAGCAACAACAAUCCCUACACUAACACACAGCACACCAGCACCAAGCACACAAUUGCAGCCACCACGACGAGUCCGAAGCCACUCCAAAAGCGAAUAGAAGUCGGUCUCGAUUUGGCCAUGACCACAUACAGCACCUCCAAGGCCGCCGUCACGGGUCACGUGAUCAGUCAGAUGCAGAACUCAAAGUCUCCGAGCAGCAACAGAAAAGUAGACUACGAUGUGGGCAUCAUCCGAACGGCUGAUAAGGUUUCCCCGUCAUCCUCGACCGCCGUUAACUACGCGAAGCAGCCAGCGGCUACCCAUGCCUCACAGCCAGCGGGGACCUAUGCAGCACAGCCAGAGGGCACCUAUGCCACACAGCCAGCAGCGACCUAUGCUCCGUUGAACAUCAAACUGAAUGCGGAUGCUGUGAGGCAGGCGAGUGCCUUCGUUUCCAGCGUGAAGGCUCCCCUGGCCUUGGCAGAGCAGCCAAUUGUACCGCCCGCCACAGUGCCCGCAAGUCAAGUGCCAAUCUUUUCCGUGGGUUCAACCAGCGCGCAGAGUUCCCCACUCACUUCCGGUAUUGGCCAAGCGAAUGUGCCGCAAGCCAGUAAUGUGGAGCAACAAACGCAUCCAGUCGCUUUCUCCAGUCCUGCCACUGCUGCCCAACCUACUGCUGGACAGAUAUUCGGACUGGGAGCACAACCCUCAACACAAUUUGCACAAUUCCCAGCACCAAUACAGAGCCCACAACAACAACAAUUGUAUACACCCACAACACUCACACAGCAGGCAGCAGCGACCUAUGCUCCGUUGAACAUCAAACUGAAUGCGGAUGCUGUGAGACAGGCGAGUGCCUUCGGUUCCAGCGUGAAGGCUCCCCUGGCCUUGGCAGAGCAGCCAAUUGUACCGCCCGCCACAGUGCCCGCAAGUCAGGUGCCAAUCUUUUCCGUGGGUUCAACCAGCGCGCAGAGUUCCCCACUCACUUCCGGUAUUGGCCACUCGAAUGUGCCGCAGGCCAGUAAUGUGGUGCAACAAACGCAUCCAGUCGCGUUCUCCAGUCCUGCCACUGCUGCCCAACCUACUGCUGGACAGAUAUUCGGACUGGGAGCACAACCCUCAACGCAAUUUGCACAAUUCCCAGCACCAAUACAGAGCACACAACAACAACAAUUGCACACACCCACAACACUCACACAGAGCACACAGCAGAGAUACCCCUUGAAUACACCAACACAGACGGGACUUUCUGGCGCAGGCGGCCUUUCAGCAACCGGAAAUGCAAUCCCAACGAAGAUCGGUGGAAGCCCUGCUGUUGUAGGCAUCUCUGGUGGCAGUUUACCUAAAGGAAAUGUAGGAAAUGGCGGCGUAGCUGGUGGCGCAUCAGCUGGAAGUUUCCCUCAAGGAAAUGCGGGAAACAGAGGCGUUUCUGGUGCACCACUGGGUGGCCCAUCAGGUGGAAGCUUCCCUAAAGGAGUUGGAGGUAAUGGAGGCCUAGCUGGCACUCCACUAAGUGGCGCUUCAGGUGGCAGAUCACCAUCCCUUGGAGGAAUAUCUGGAGGAGCUGGAGGUCGCCCUGCUGGAUCAGCAGCUGGUGGUGCAAGCUUGCCAGCGGGAUCCUUCCCUGCAGGUGGCAGUGGAGCGGCAGGCAGCGUAUACCGUGGUAGCGGACCAACUGGCAGCGCAUCGGGUGAAGCAUCGGGAGAUCUGUACAAGUUCAAGUACAUUCUGGACUACAAUGGACACGAGGAAGCGGGCAGUCGGAACGGCGACAAGGAGGGAAACUACUUUGCCAUCGGCGAGGAUGCAGUUCGGCGGACCGUCGAGUACAUUGCGAACGAGUUUGGCUUCCAGCCGCACAUCAGUUGGCAGAAAUUGGACGAGAAGAGUGUGCUGCCCGCGGAGAAUUCCCUGAAGCACUACGAGUUCAAGUGGUUCAAGGCAGCGCAGUGAGCCGGAUCCCUCGGAUUCAUUCCAUUUCGAGUGUAGAUUCUUGUCCCCACUUGCUGUACAUAACAAUUUUGGUAAAUUUGCGAAUAAAGACACAGACAGAAACCGAGAGAGAUUAACAAAUA